ACGCUUAUCGACGGUCACGCAAUUGUGCAUUGUGUGUAAACAGCGUUACCCGUGCAAAGUAGUUCGUUGUUAUUUCUCAAAAAAACGUAAGAAAUGGCUAAUACAAAUGUAACGGAUAUGACCGAAGAGGAUGCGGCAGACCUCCAGUUUCCAAAAGACUGUCCGUCGAGUUUUGCAAAUGAGUCGGAACACGACGUCGAUCUCGAGGUAUCAGUCGUGAAGGAAGAAAUCCUUACUUCUGACCCCGCGUGUUGUGUGUGUAAAUCGACACUGUACGAGCCAUACAUAAAGUGCGCCGAGUGUUUGAACAUAGAAAUAUGUCCCAACUGUUUUUCAAACGGUGCCGAAAUUGAGGAACAUAAAAAUAACCACAAUUACAUUAUAAUAAAGAACGAAUUCCCACUUAUACCCGGUUCCAAUUGGUCCGCCAAAGAGGAACUCGAACUUUUGGAUGUCUUGCAAGAGUGUGGAUUUGGCAAUUGGGACGAUAUAUCGAGGAGAUUGCAGAACAAGUCGCCGGAUGAGUGCAGGAAGCAUUACCUGCACAAUUUCAUAGACAAUCAAAAUUUGCCUGGAUUACCGAAGAUAAAAGAAACCGAAGUCAGCUUGUUUGGCUCCGAGGCUGUACCGUACCUUUACAAACUUCAAGAUCUUGAAGACCCGCCAAGAUUUGCCAGCAAUACGAUAAACUACAAAUUACUGGCCGGAUACAAUGCAGCUAGGUCAGAUUUCGAAGUAAACUUUGACAAUUAUGCUGAAUUGUUAGUCUCAGAUUUAAAAUAUGAAGAAUUCUGUCCUGCCGACAAGCAUUUGGAGCUUGGAAAAAACCUCCAAGUUGCAAUAGUAAAUGCCUACAAUCACAGACUCAAAGAAAGGCAAAGGCGUAGAAAAAUUGUACGUAAUCAUGGGCUGAUUUCGUUUCGUAGAACCGUAUCAUGGCUUCAAAGGUACGAAUCGACUCUUACCAGACCUUUGAUCGAAAGAUUACUAACAUUCAUGCAACUUGUCAGUGGGAUGGAUUUUGAUUACAUAAUCGAGGGUCUUCACCACGCUGGUGAACUAAGAAAUUACAUUAGAAGAUUAUUUGAAUUUCGCCGAAAUGGUAUCACAAGGUUUCACUCAGUACCGAUGUUUCAAAAGUUGGCCAAGCUGCGCAUGGAACAUGAAAAAGAGAGAAAGCAGUAUAUGAGUAAUACGGAAUAUUGCUGGCAGACUGUAUUACCUGGCUGCAUUGUAAAGACUACACCUCAUGUUGCACCAAAUGUUCCCCAACGUAAAGCACCGCCGCCUCUUAUUAUUCAAGGGCUUCCUGGAUACGACCGCCUUACUCCGGCUGAACGGGAUCUUUGCUCAAAUGCUCGUGUUAUACCUGAAAGCUACUUUGACUUCAAAAACCUGUUGAUAACAGAGAAUAAAAAAUGUGGGAGCUUGAGGCUUGCUCAAGCCAGAGUACUUCUGAAGAUUGAUGUUAACAAGACGCGAAAAAUAUAUGAUUUCUUGGCAGAAGAAGGAUACAUCAAUAAACCUGCUCAGUAAGACACGCCACUGGUCAAUUGAUUCGUCGCAGUUAUAUGUGAAUAUUUUUCGACAUUUUAAUGUCAUUGUGAUAUUAACACUUUGUGACAGCCCAUUUGACAAGUGAAUUAAUUUUUAUGCUUAUGUGCUGGUUAAAAUAGGCUAAGACUUCAUUAUUUAUUACAAUGUACAAACUCAAGUCUAAGUCUUUUGUCAGCUUGUUCUUUUAUAUACGAAUAGAAAUGUUACUAUUUUUGUGAAUUUAUGCCAAUUUUACUCUCAAUGAACCCUCCAGUAUUCCUAUUCUGUCAUUUUUAACAUGACCGACAAAAAGGAUUGACAGAAGUUUCACAAAUUUCAAUCAUUUACCAUCUAUGGAGUUGGCAUUAAAAAUAAAAAGUCCAUUAUACUAAUUCAGACGAACAACCCAUGCCAAACUAAAAUUCAAAAACAAACCAAUAACUGAUGAAUUUGUUUAUCCACGUCUCCUUACAUUCUGAAAGGUUUGAAGACGAAUGGAACGUUCAUACAAUAACAUUUAUUCGUCCUUAUUCCUUGCGUCAUUAUUUAAUUCUAUUUCAACCUACUGUGAAAAACUUUUUACGUGCUGGCUGAAGAAAAAUACACGCAAGAAACGAAUUUUGAAGAAAUACUUGAUCGCGUUUUUCACAGAAUGAGCUUGCAAUUAGAGAAACCUCUCUGCAUUCGUUUCCAGGAGGAACUCGAAAUAAUUUUUUUUUUCGUACAUCUAUUACAAUA